AUGGGCGGCGUCUCGGCGGAACUACGGCUGAUCAACAUUGCAUGGGAUCAGUGUGUUCUGCGCCACGGCAACCUGACUGAGAGCACUUCGACCGUCGACAAUACGAUGGGAGAGACCUCCUUGGCGCUGGGCGCUGGCACGAAGUUGACAGGCUACCGUCUGUUUGUCUUCUAUCGGAAGCUCACUUUAAGCCGGAACCUUGUUUUCAACGUGGCCCAGGACAAGGCCAUAUUGAGCAAUUGAGCUUUCGUCGUCAAUCACUCCGACGGUGCCGGCGCCCGUGUGGCGGACUCUGGGGAGACAACAUCCUCAC